UUUGUAAAUUGUUUGCACGAGUGCCUACGUAAUACUACCUUAAUAUGAAAUUUAUGUUUGUACGGAUUUAUGAAACCAAAUGCCCACAUGUUUAGGAAUAACCUCAGCUUACUUAUAUUGAACAAAAUCCGCCAUUGUAAUCAGAAGGACGUGGUCCUGCAUUGUUUGUAAUGAUUUCCAUUAGUAGUCAAUAAAAACUCUAUGUUAUCUGUGUGGUAAUUAUCGGACUUAAUAGACAUGUCAAUUUGCGAGCAAUAACUUUUUUCCGAACGUUUGAAUGGGACACUAAUUGCGAGUGUCUCGAUACGUGUGGUUGUAUGUCAGUUUCAAUAGUUUGUUUUCAAAGCCAUCGUGAUGAUGCUUGUUGGAAUAUUACCAUUUUUUGGUAUUUUGUCAUUGCUUUCUUCGCAAUUUUAUGCAAACGCAUAUACAUUACAAAAUGUCACACUAUUGCGGAAAACGUUAUUUCAAGACUAUGACAAAAUUUCGCGACCAAAGCAUAACCAGUCAGAACCGACAGAAGUGCGCAUGUGUUUAAAUAUCUACGUCAUAUAUGAUGUGGCGGAAGUGACACAGUCUAUACAAAUGUCGGCAUCAUUGAAGAUAACAUGGGCAGACGAAAAUCUCAUGUGGACACCGGCAGAUUAUAGCGGCAUUGAUGUUGGUGUUUACCCACAAAACGACAUUUGGAAGCCAGGAGUAGCUCUAAAGAAUUCUGUUGAAGAUUUUAAAACUCUAGGGGAUCCAUCAUUGAAUGUCGAAGUAACGUCAGAUGGCAUUGUAACUUGGGAACCUUACCAGAUAUUUACAUCGCGAUGCACCUUUGACAUAACUUAUUUCCCAUUCGACAAACAGUCAUGUGACCUCGUAUUCGUCACGUGGGGAUACAACGCUGAUCACGUGUUAAUAAAAGGACCAAUCAGUGGUGAUACGGUUGACUGGACAGAUGUUACAUCAAAUCCGGAGUGGAAAAUCAACGACGUAACCUGCAGAACGACUAUACAUCCUAGGCCUAUGAUGAUCUUUACUUUAGAUAUUGAACGCAAACCAAGUUACGUGGUGAUCAACAUAAUCUUACCAUUGCUUGUUCUUCUCGGUCUAAACUCUUGCGUUUUCCUUCUUCCAAGUGACAGCGGAGAGAAAACGAGUUUUGCGGUUACCGUAUUUUUAUCAUUCGUAGUCUUUGCUACUAUUGUCCACCAAACAUUGCCUCCAAACUCCGACAACGUCUGCUACUUGACGGUUUACAUAAUCACUCUAGUUUUCGAGAGCUCCGUAGUCACAGUUUUGGCGAUUCUCCUCAUCCGCUUGGCCGGAAGGUCUGGCGAGCCUGGCGCCUUUACCAUGAAAGCAUUAACUUGCUUGGGUUGUCUGAAGACUGGUAACUCAGAGGUCGAGCACGAUGUGUAUAGUCUACCAACGGACAAGAUUCAAAUGUUCAAAAAUAAAGUCAGGCCGAUUGAUGAUCCGGCUUUACAAAAUGACAAAGACGUAACCAAACUGCGCAACGAAGAUUUUGAUUGGAAAAAAGUCGCCUACCGGCUUGACUGGCUACUGUUCGUGUUUUUUCUUCUUCUGAACGUUGUCAUAACUAUUAUUUUUUUCGCAGGCGUAACGCAGUAGAUGCUGAUUUCCGUGUCUGUAUGUCACGUGAAAAAGAACAAAACCCGAAUUUAAUUGUAAACUGUAAAACAGUAAAAUCUUCCUCACAAAUCCCGCAAGACAUUGUAAUACUUAAGGUUCGACUUUUCGAAUUAAUUCCUUUUUUGUAUGCGAUGUUGUGUCGCAACAAGGACUGUGUUUAGUAAAUUCAUCAGCUUUGUAUUUCUUUAACGAAUAUGAUUCAUUGUAAGAAUGAUAGCAGAAUUAAAACGUACCGAUGGUUUUGAUAAUUUAGCCGGGAUAUGUCAGAUACGUAAACAAAAUAAAUUUAGCAUGGUUUCCAUGAACGUAAUGGCACCGGGCGAAAGUAUUUUCGGUCAGUUAAAAAGUGUGAGUCAAAAUACAUGAAUGAAUGUUGCGUUUAUAAAUAAAUCGGAAAUCGUUCCUAUGUCUAGUAAGUUAUAUGUUUGUUACAUUUUUGCUUUUUACAAAUGAAGAUUGUUUACAUAAAAUGAUGAAAGGUUAGUUACGGCAAUUUUUCAUGGAAGACAACUUCAGAGCAUUUUUGUAAUUUUAAGUAUUUUUGAAUGUCAUAAGAAUAUUUUUAGCAUCUAAUUGUUAUCAUGUUUGUAGCAUUAUUUUGAUUAUGAUUGUGUAUAUGAAAAAACUGUCUUGAUAAAUAUGUUUGGGUUAUUUCAGAUAACCCUUCCAUUACGUUCUGUUAUGUUGGAUUGGAUUGUUUAAUUGAAUAUUUGAUGAUAUAGAAUAAAUCUGAACGAGUGUA